GAGCAGACAGUCCAUCCAGCAAUGUCGCGCUACAAAAGCGUUUAAUAAUCGGAAUAACCCAGUGGGAAAUUGAGUCCGCAAGCUUCGGGAUCGGAGAAUGGGGAAUACGGAGAGCAAUGUGACCAGCGGGGUGAAGAAGCAGGCCGGAGUCUCCACCCAGGCCCUCUACAAGUUCGUGAACCUCAAGGGCGGCGGCCUUCUGGUGGACAUGAUGAAACGGGCCUGCCAAACCAAGCAGUUCGCGGAGAUCGACCACGCCAUCAAGACCAAGGUGGAGCCCUUCCUGUACAACAAGGGCGCAGGUCGCUACUUCCCCAUCUCGAAGCUCGUCCUGCUCCGCAACCGGGAUCGCCCCCGCACCCGCCAGCUGCCCGAGAUCCGGGCCCUUGAGAACCCCGACGACGACUUCAACAUCCAUGACUACUGCCCCGAGGUCUCCGAGGCCGAGUACAUCUCCAAUCCGACCGCCUAUCGAUUCGUCUGCUGGGAUCUGAAUAUGCGUGGUGCUGUGGGCGAGACAAUCCUCCACUUGUGCCUGCUAAACGCCUCUUCGCUGCACGCUGAUCUUGCCAAGAGGCUGCUCAAAUUCUACCCAAAACUCAUCCUGGACACCUACAUGAGCGACGAGUACUACGGAGAGAGUGUCCUGCACAUUGCCAUUGUCAAUGAGGAUCCUGCCAUGGUGAAAUAUCUGCUAGAUGCCAACGCAGAUGUCCAAGAGCGUUGCUGUGGAGCCUUUAUGUCGGCGGAGGAUACAAAGUUUUCCCGGACGGAUUCGCCGGAUCACGAGUACGUGGCCCUGUGUCCCAUGACCAACUACGAUGGGUAUGUUUAUUGGGGCGAGUAUCCCCUGAGUUUUGCUGCCUGUCUGUCGCAGGAAGAGUGCUUCCGCUUGGUUUUGGCCCGAGGAGCUGAUCCCGACUUCCAGGACACCAACGGGAACACCGUGCUCCACAUGCUGGUCAUCUACGAAAAGAUCGAAAUGUUCGACGUGGGCUACGAGGUGGGAACGAACAUCCACAUCAAGAACAUCCAGAACCUAACGCCCCUCACUUUGGCCGCAAAGUUGGGGAGAGUUGAGAUGUUCUUCCACGUGAUGAGCAUCGAAAGGGAGAUCUACUGGCAACUGGGCAGCAUCACCUGUGCCGCCUACCCACUUUUAAUGAUAGAUACUAUAAACGAGGAGACCGGCAACAUCAACAAGGACUCCGUGCUCAAUUUCGUGGUGUUUGGGGACAAGUUGGAGCAUCUGGAGCUGCUCGAUGGCGUGGUCAUCGACCUGCUGAAGACCAAAUGGGACACGUUCUGCAAGUCGCGGUUCUACAAGCAGUUCUACAUGUUCGCAUUGUACUUCCUGAUCUCGCUCUUCAGCUUUAUCCUGCGACCAGGUCCGGAUAACACGGAGGAGGACGAGGAUGGUGCCAACAGCACCACGGUCAAGAAUGAUCUCUAUAGGCAAAAUGGCUCUGAUUCGUACCAUCGGCAGACGAAGAGGGGUUCUCAGAGCACAGAAUACAAAACUUUUUGGCUUAAUUUUACCGAGUACUACGAUCCAUCGGAAGUCGAGGUCCUGCCCGCUUGGUGGGAAAGUUAUGCCCAGUGUCCCUUGAUGAAUCUCGAAUCCGAUUUGGCCAAGCUACGUAUAAUGGCAGAACUAUUGAACUUCAUUGGAGCUAUACUAUACCUUCUUGUCGCUUUGCGAGAGGCUCGUUUUCUGGGCCUGAAAAUGUUUAUUGAGAAUUUGAUGACGGCUCCUUCGCGGGUAAUGUUUCUGUUUUCGUGUGCUCUGAUGAUGACCAUACCCUGGUUGAGGGUUUCUUGUCUCACCGAGAUCGAUGAUCAUGUCACCGUUGUGAUUAUGCUAACCACUGCUCCGUAUUUUCUGUUCUUCUGUCGAGGUUUCAAGACCGUCGGUCCCUUCGUGGUGAUGAUAUACCGCAUGGUCAUGGGAGAUCUGCUCCGAUUCGUCUCCAUCUAUUUGGUGUUCGUGAUGGGCUUCUCGCAGGCCUUCUACAUUAUUUUCCUGACCUUCGACAACCCAUCGACACCGGAGGAUCAGGAUGCGGAGUCCAAUCCGAUGCCCUCGCCCAUGGAAUCCAUAGUGGCCAUGUUCCUGAUGUCCCUGACGAAUUUUGGGGACUACUACGGAGCGAUGGUCUCCACGCAGCACGAGUACGAGGCGAAGAUCCUGUUCUUCCUGUUCAUGGUGAUCGUGAGUGUGCUGCUGGUGAACAUGUUGAUCGCCAUGAUGGGUAAUACCUACCAGAAGAUCGCAGAGAUCCGCAACGAAUGGCAGCGCCAGUGGGCAAGGAUCGUCCUGGUGGUGGAGCGGAGUGUUCCUCCCGCCGAGCGUUUGAAGAACUUCAUGCACUACAGUCAGUCCAUGUCGGAUGGCAGGAGGGCCUUGGUCCUUCGACUAAACAUGACUGAUGAGGAAAAGGAGGAGAUGAAGGAGGUGCAGGAGAUGAAGCGCAUCCAUCAGCGUUUCUCCAAAAAACGACAAAUGGAAAGAGAAGCCCGCGCCCUUCGACGUCAACAGGAGUACGAGAAGUUCUUCGGCACCGCCCCCAAAUCGGAAUCCUCCGAUAACAACAACUUUUGA